CCCUGCCCCCGGGGCCCCGAGGGGGACAGGCAGCGGUGUGGGACGCAGAGGGGGUGGCCGGCUCCGGAGCCCCCUCCGCGCCGCCCUCGCCCGCGCUGCCCGUCCGCGAGCGCCGAGUUCGCCGCGACCCGGAGCGCUACGGAUACAAAGGCGCAGGGCCGAGCCCAGCGGCACUUCGCGGCGGCGGAGCGUCGCGUGAUUUUCUCUGAGACGAGCCCACCCGUCCAGCAAAAUAGAGUCCCUCAGGGUGACGGUUGAUUUCCUGAAGGUGCCCCUUGGCCUGAAGAAGCCGGUGCUGAAGGAGGUGGCUGUGGGGCCCCCCAAAAGGCCCCAGCCUGUGGCCCUGGAGCGCUACAAGGCGCGGCGUUCAGACGCCAUGGACACCGAGUCCCAGUACUCGGGCUAUUCCUACAAGUCGGGCCACUCCCGCAGCUCCCGCAAGCACAGGGACCGCCGGGACCGCCACCGCUCUAAGAGCCGAGAUGGGAGCCGCGGCGACAAGUCGGUGACGAUCCAGGCCCCAGGGGAGCCCCUGCUGGACAACGAGUCCACACGAGGGGACGAGCGGGAUGACAACUGGGGGGAGACGACCACGGUAGUAACGGGCACUUCAGAGCACAGCAUCUCCCACGAUGACCUCACGCGCAUCGCCAAGGAUAUGGAGGACAGCGUCCCGCUGGACUGCUCCCGGCACCUGGGCGUGGCGGCGGGGGCCACGCUGGCGCUGCUCUCCUUCCUCACGCCGCUGGCCUUCCUGCUGCUGCCCCCGCUGCUGUGGCGGGAGGAGCUGGAGCCGUGCGGGACGGCCUGCGAGGGCCUCUUCAUCUCCGUGGCCUUCAAGCUGCUCAUCCUGCUGCUGGGCAGCUGGGCGCUCUUCUUCCGCCGGCCCAAGGCCUCGCUGCCCCGCGUGUUCGUGCUGCGCGCGCUGCUCAUGGUGCUCGUCUUCCUGCUCGUCGUCUCCUACUGGCUCUUCUACGGCGUGCGCAUCCUGGACGCCCGCGAGCGCAGCUACCAGGGCGUCGUGCAGUUCGCCGUGUCGCUGGUGGACGCCCUGCUCUUCGUGCACUACCUGGCCGUGGUUCUGCUGGAGCUGCGCCAGCUGCAGCCCCAGUUCACGCUCAAGGUCGUGCGCUCCACCGACGGCGCCAGCCGCUUCUACAACGUGGGCCAUCUCAGCAUCCAGCGCGUGGCCGUGUGGAUCCUGGAGAAGUAUUACCAUGACUUCCCUGUCUACAACCCUGCCCUCCUCAACCUGCCCAAGUCCGUCCUGGCCAAGAAAGUGUCUGGCUUCAAGGUGUAUUCCCUCGGAGAGGAAAACAGCACCAACAACUCCACCGGGCAGUCCCGGGCUGUGAUCGCAGCGGCCGCACGCAGACGGGACAACAGUCACAAUGAAUACUACUACGAGGAGGCGGAGCAUGAGCGGAGGGUGCGCAAGCGGAGGGCCAGGCUUGUGGUGGCGGUGGAGGAGGCCUUCACACACAUUAAGCGGCUGCAGGAAGAGGAGCAGAAGAACCCCAGGGAGGUGAUGGACCCCCGGGAGGCCGCCCAGGCCAUCUUUGCCUCCAUGGCCCGUGCCAUGCAGAAGUACCUGCGCACCACCAAGCAGCAGCCGUACCACAGCAUGGAGAGUAUCCUGCAGCACCUGGAGUUCUGCAUCACGCACGACAUGACGCCCAAGGCCUUCCUGGAGCGGUACCUGGCGGCUGGACCCACCAUCCAGUACCACAAGGAGCGCUGGCUGGCCAAGCAGUGGACGCUGGUGAGCGAGGAGCCAGUGACCAACGGGCUCAAGGACGGCAUCGUUUUCCUCUUAAAGCGCCACGACUUCAGCCUGGUGGUGAGCACCAAGAAGGUCCCCUUCUUCAAGCUCUCCGAGGAGUUUGUGGAUCCCAAGUCGCACAAGUUUGUCAUGAGGCUGCAGUCUGAGACGUCGGUGUGACUGAGCAGCGGCAGGGGUGACGCCGGGGCUCCUGCGGGUCGGGGAGGGCUUGGCUCUCACCUCCUGCCGCCCUGCCUCCGCCUGCUCCCGUUUACUUUUACUUGAAUUGACCCCCCUCCCCCACUGCUCCCCCCUCCUAGUUGCUCCGGUGUGAGCGUGGAGAGGCCACCUGCAUUGGCAGUGCCUGGGAAGCUCUCUCUCCCCACCCAGCCCUCACGUGGUGUCAUCGUGCAGGAACUGUGCCUGUCCCCCUCUCCCUCCCGGAUGGCAUUCCCUUCUGAGUGGGCAGGCCCCCCCCGGAGCCCCCACCCCUGAACCAGGCUCUUGCGGCAGUUUUCUCCUCUGGCCCCGAAAGGGUGUCUCCAGGGGACAGACAGACUCCAGAGAGCCACGGUGCCAAACUCCCCCAGACGGCGGGUCAUCCGCUCCUCCUGGCCACCCAGCCCGCCCCUGACACGUGUUGAGUUCCAGGGCAGGGUGCUCUUGCACCCCACCCCCACAUGGCCCAAGUCAGGGUCUCUCUGCCGCGGUCAGCGGGCCCGGCCAUCAAAGCCUCCCUUUACCCCCACACAUAUUCAGAGUGAGGGACAGUCGUGCCCUUCACCCUAAAGUCCCCACCUUCUGUUUCUGGGCUGUAUGGUCCCCUGUGGCCACAGCCAAACUGAAGCAGAAACCCUCUGUGGCCACUCUCCGGGGACGUGGGGGGACCGCACCCGGUCACUGGGUCUGUCCUAGGCAGCCCCCGAGGGAAGGACGGGAGGGACCUGGGAACACGGCUGACCCCUGGCCUCCCAACCUUCGUCCCCACCUGGCCGGGGCGGGUUCCCCUUCCUGGGGAAGGACAGCGAGUCCUCGCGCACAGGUUGAGUGGCCUGCAGACGGUGACCCGACCCCAGAGUCUCGGACGGCGUCUGUCUCUCCCUCCCCCCCCCCCCAGUGUGUCUUUUCUCCGCGCCAGGGACCGGGUGCCUCAUCUCUUUUUGGGGGGUGGGAGCCGGUAGCUCCUCCUCGUCCCCUGCCUUAAGCCCACUUCUUUGCCUCAGGGGUCUCUUUUCCUUGGCUGGCCAGGGUCCCCUCCUCUCCCUGCCUGGUCCUCUGGGCUCUUGUCUCCCUCAGCACUGGGGGGAGGGCCUGGGAUUGCUGCCUUUGUGGGCAUCGGCCCCUCACCCCACUGAGCUUCCGUAGUCUUUACACCUGAUCUGAUUUCUCGAGAGUUUAGGUCUCGUUUUGAGCAAAAUCCACUGGCCUUCGAAGAUGUAUUUUGAGUGUGGAAUCUGAGCCUUUAACUCAGACACCUUUAAAUUCUGUAGUUUUAGCCAAGAGGACUGGAAGCACCUGUAUAUCUCCAGCCCGGUCCACGUGGAGGAACAUUCUGGUGGCUGGUCUGGAGCUGCCCCGGGCCAGGCCUCUGGAUCAUUCACAGUGCCCCCUUUUAGGCCCGUCUUCUCCCAGCCAACCUGCUCCGUGGAGCGCCCCCUGGGCUAGGUCCCCACCGGUCUCUGACGAGGGAGGCUUCCAGUCUGUGUAGGCCAGCCCUGAUGUGAUGGAGCCUAGCGUCCUUGUCUCUCCCUUGUUGUCUGAAAAAGCACAUCUGUCCACCCACCGCUUACUAGAGAAGGGCUCUUCAGUUCAUGCUUAGCCCGGUCCCCACCGCUGUGGGGUGUGGGGCUGACUUAGGCACUGCCUGGGGAAUUACAUCCUGUCCUGGGGGUCGUAGGAAGGCAUCGUCUCUCCGAGGACCAGGUUUUAAGAGGAGCCCCUCUGGGCCACAUUUCUAAAUACCUCACUAUCUUGGAAAACGGGGCCCGGAUGGUGAUUGGGGUCAUUGCCUCUGUGGGCAGGCGUGGGGUGCGUCAGGACGUAAGGACCAGGGCGGGGGUGGGGGGCACAGCGAAAGGCUUUGGGAUCUUUGUUGCUGCCCUAGGUUAGGGGCGGAGGAGUGUUUAUUUUAAGAACCUGCCAUGUUUUUAAUCACUGUGAUUUUUUCAUUCCUUUUUCCUAAAACUAAAGUGUCCCCCCACCUCUCUAAGCACUAAGGGCUGUGGCUGAGAACAGUGUGUCUGGGUCUUCUGCGUCGGAACUGUGGUAUUUUUGUCUUCUUCGAUUAUUAUUAUAAUAAUUAUUAUUUUUUAAAACGUCA